AGCUGACCACACUCUCUCUGUGUCUGUAUCUCUGUUCGCCAUCCCGUCUCCGCUCCACGCGUGUCCUCAACAGGGGUCCCCCCGCAGAUCCUUGGAACCUCCAAGAUUGCCGACCGCGGCAGCUGGCGCCCGAACAGGGACGCCCGGACACGUGCAUGCUGUUGUCUUGUGUUUUUCCUGUUUGUCUUUUAUCCUCUUGCUUUAGAAUUGCAAUCACUACAGGAGCGGAACGGACUCACCGAAGGGAACUGCAGUCCCGCCUACAGAGAAGAGAAUGCCGAAUCACCAAUUUGGGUCCCAGACAGACUCAUCAGGCCAGCCAAAGGAAACGGACAUCCGUCCCCCACGCCAAAAGAGGCCGAACCGCCGGAUAAUGCGGAACCUGGCCAAAAAGAUCAAGGCGACUCGCCUAGAGCCAAAAAUAAAACCACGCCAGACGCCGACGUGGACGCAACUUAAAACCCUGACAGCUCAGGCAAAGGAAGUAUUGAAGGCUGCACAUGCCCCGGAAACGGCAACCUUGCUGUUUGUGGCUAUGCUUGCAGUCAUGAGUGCGCCCACCGCUUUAGGGGAAAGUUGUUGGGCUUACUUACCAAAGCCACCCAUAUUACAUCCUGUAGGGUGGGAGGUGUCGGAUCACAUCAAGGUUUUAACCAAUCAAACAUUAGUGAUAGGGGGAUCGCCUGACUUUCACCUUCUAAAGAACAGCUCGGGUUAUGUAGAUUUUGAGGGAAAGUCUGAUUCUCUGCCCAUUUGCUUCUCUUUCUCCCCUUCAGUGCCAGUGGGCUGUUUUCAAGUGGGGAAAAGGGUGUUUAACACAGAUACCCCCACCUUGGAUAAUACCAAACUAGAUGGAAAGGGCAAUGGGCGGCGUAUGUGGGAAUUGUGGAUGACCACCGUGAGCGAUAAAGAAGAAAAAAGACAACAUUAUACCACAGCAAAGAAUCUUCCGCCGCGCUACCCCCAUUACAGAACAACAUUUAAAAAGGACGCCCUUUGGGAGGGAGAUGAGAAUGCUUUCCCGCGCUGGCUUCCAUGUGCCUUCCCUGACAAUGGGGUAAGAUUCUCUCCCUUAGGCGCUGCUGGACUUCUCUGGGACUUCUCCAUGUCCUCACCUGAUAAAGAUCAGAACAAUUAUCUCUCCACCAACUCAAAACUUUAUGGGAACUACGUGCCUCCAGUUGGAAAACCGAUCAAAAGAUGGUAUGAUGCGGGGUGGGUAGAACCAACAUGGUUCUGGGAGCCACUCCACACGGACCUCCCUGAUAGACAGAACAAACCACUGAUAGAACAUCCAGAACUGUUCCGACUGGUUGCUUCUAGUGAGAAACUUUUGCUGAAGAAACCAGGAGGCGAUUAUGAUGCUGUUUCAGUUUCUGCUUGUGUUACCUAUCCCUAUACAAUAUUAGUAGGAUUGCCACAAUUGAUUAACAUAGAUAAGGUUGAAUCUAUUUUUAGUAUUAAGUGUACAUCAUACAAGCUGACUAAUUACAUUGAUUCCACUGUAUCGGGAUCUGUUAUAUUGAUUGUCAGGAGACCUCCUUAUGUUUUGUUACCAGUAGACUUGGGAGAUGAGCCAUGGUUUGAUGAUUCUGCCAUCCAGACUAUUAGGUAUGCUACGGGUUUGAUUAGGGCAAAAAGAUUUGUAGCAGCCUUAAUUCUAGGUAUAACCGCUUUGAUAGCUAUUGUUACUUCUUUUGCUGUUUCUACUACUGCUUUGGUUAAGGAAAUGCAGACUGCCACUUUUGUUAAUGAUCUCCAUAAGAAUGUUACCCUUACAUUAUCAGAACAGAAGAUUAUAGAUUUGAAAUUAGAAACUAGAUUAAAUGCCCUAGAAGAGGUAGUAUUAGAAUUAGGACGAGAUGUUACAAACAUUAAGACUAGGAUGGCCACACGCUGUCACGCUAAUUAUGAUUUUAUUUGUGUGACUCCUUUACCUUAUAAUGCUACAGAAGAAUGGGAAAGGACCAAAACACAUUUGCUAGGCAUAUGGGAUGAUGAUAACAUUUCUUAUAAUAUUCAGGAAUUGACGUCCUUAAUCACAGAAAUGAGUAAGCAACAUGUAGAUGCAGUGGACCUCUCUGGAUUGACAAGAUCCUUUGCGGAUGGAGUUAAAUCAUUAAAUCCAAUCGAUUGGACACAAUAUUUUAUUUUUAUUGGAGUUGGGAUUUUACUACUUGUUGUUGUACUAAUGAUCUUCCCAAUUGUAUUCCGAUGCUUUACAGAUUCCAUUGCCCAGGUUCAAACAGAUCUCAAUUUGGUGCUUUUAAAAAAUAAAAAAGGAGGAACUGCGGUGCCUACAGCAGAGAUAACCGAGCUCCGGGACAAACAUGACGCCUGA